AUGCAAGAAAUUGAUCAAAUUGAACAUUUAUUUAAAGAAGAUUUUUUAAAAAAUUAUACAAACGAUAAAGAAGAAAAUAACUUGGCUAGUAUAUUUCAAAAUGUUAAGAGUACCCAUUAUAAUACAGAAAAAAUACAUGACAAUAUGACAGAAGAAGAAUUUAUUUCAAAUAUAACUUGCAAUUAUUGUAAAGAUUUAUAUAUUCAACAUAUUCAAGAAAAAAAUUAUGAUCUAAGAACAAAAAUAUUAUUUUUUAAAUUUUUAUCGAAAUUUUAUUAUCCUCCAUUAUUGAUUGAUGUUUUAAAUCUAUAUAAAAAAGAUCUAUCUUAUGAUAUCGAAUUAAAAGGAACAAAAGAAAAAUUAGGUGAAUAUGUACUAGAUAUAUUAGAAAAUUAUAAAGAUUAUAAAAUAAAAAUUAGUUCCUUUAGUUGGAUAUUACAAGGUGAUGAAUCCGAAUUUAAUGAUACAUAUAAUAAUUUUAGAGAUUAUCCAAAAUUUAAUAAACCACCAAUAGAUCAAAUAGGACCUGUAUCAAAUAACCGAUUAAAUAUACCAAUAGCUUUAUUAUUUUCCGAUGAUGAACCAUUGCCAAAUGUUACUGAUAUUUUACGAACUUUAGAUUAUUAUAAUGCUAAAUGGGCUCAUUUUUCAUUUAGAUUAAAAAAACAAUCACUUUUUAUAAAAUGCGAUGAUAAACCAGUUGAUAUAAUUACAGAAGAAUUUAUAAAAUUGUUACAUAAAAAUGGAAAAAAAGUUAUGAUAUAUUGGGGAUCUGAAGAUCAAGAUGAUUAUAAUGAUAUGCUAUACUACAUUAAUAUGAAAGUUGAUUCUAUUUGUCCUAACAGAAUUGAUAUUGCAAAAGCUGCAUUAAAAAAUGCGUAG